UCCGCGUGACCCCGCCAGGCGCAGUCGGUGGCGGCCAUGGCUCCGAGCGCGCAGGCGGGGGGCGGCAGCGGGCAGGCGCCGGGCGCGGGAAUCCGCCGGGGGAUCCGCGCGGUGCUGCUGGGGCCGCCCGGCGCCGGAAAGGGCACCCAGGCUCCGAAGCUGGCCGAGACGUACUGUGUCUGCCACCUGGCCACGGGGGACAUGCUGCGGGCCAUGGUGGCCUCGGGCUCCGAGCUGGGCAAGCGACUCAAAGAGACGAUGGAUUCGGGGAAGCUGGUGAGCGACGAGAUGGUGGUGGAGCUGAUUGAGAACAACCUCGACACCCCGCCCUGCAAGAACGGCUUCCUGCUGGACGGCUUCCCGCGCACGGUGAAGCAGGCUGAGAUGCUGGAUGAGCUCCUGGAGAAGAGGAGAGAGAAACUGGACUCCGUCAUUGAGUUCAGCAUCCCUGACUCCUUGCUCAUACGGAGAAUCACCGGACGGCUGAUUCACCCAGCAAGUGGCCGCUCUUAUCACGAGGAGUUCAGACCCCCAAAAGAGCACAUGAAGGAUGAUGUCACUGGAGAGCCCCUGAUCCGCCGUUCAGAUGAUAAUGAAACAGCCUUGAAAACCCGCCUGAAGGCCUACCACACACAGACCUCCCCCCUGGUCUCCUACUACAGCAAGCGAGGGAUCCAUACUGCGGUGGAUGCCUCCCAGUCUCCCGAUGUGGUGUUUGCUAGCAUCCUGGCAGCCUUCUCGAGAGCGACAUGUAAAGAUCUGGUUAUGUUCAUUUAGGGCUCCGUCCCUGAUGGAGCUCACCCUUGUCUGUCUUUCUCCAUCUCUGUCUCUCUUUCUGCCUCUCUCUGUCUCCUCGGGGCCAGGGAGAGUGAAGAACUAAAUAGAGUAGAUGAGAAGGGGUGAUGCAGCCCGAGGCAGGACUCUGCUAAUUCUCUAUUAAACGAGCUGAACGGUUUCCAUCUCAGUGUUCUGAACGUCGGUCUGUCCGCAGGUGCGGGCGGCUCGGCCCCUAGAGGUCGCAGCGCGCCUGAGCGCAGCUGUCAGAACUCAGCUCUGCACCCUUGUGCUCUGGCUUCGUUGUGGAGCUGCAGCUCCCCAGGAGAAGCAGCUGUACUUCCAGCUAUUCCUGGCUGCUCCCCAGAGGAUGAGCAGCUGUGGGAGGCAGAGCUUGGCUGUGCGUGCGGCCUGCUGCUGCUCAGGGCUGGGUGAGGACUUGUUUCCAUUGAAUGCACGUUACCCUGUGGGACGGCAGGUUCCCCAAGAGCGUGGUUUUCUCUCCGUUCUGAUGCUGUUUGUGGCAUAAAAAUAGGGUGAAAGACAGUGGGGGUUUUCAGUUUCUCAUUUGUGGACUCAGUUCAGGUGUGGUGAGGCAUGGACUCCAACAUGAGCAAGUAUUAGUGAGAGGCUUUUAAAAAACAAACAAACAACAUGAAGUCUCUGGUCAGGCUGCAGUCACUGCAGUGAUUUGAUUUCUGGACGACAAGAAAAGGACUGGGAUAUCAGUUCUAUUCUUGCAUCCCUCCCUUGGCUUUGGCCAAGGAGAUGAAGGUGUGUUGAGUUUCCCCCGAUCCCAAUGUCUAAAUAAAGCCUUACUGCAAAACAUGAUUUUUUCAAAGCCCUGGGGACAGAGUUGUUGACCGCUGGCCUCUCGCGCCCUUCAGCCAGUGACCAUUUUUAUGAGCUCAUGUUUCUCGAGCAAAGUCAAACAGCUCAUCCUGGCUGUCCAGCUCUGCUUACUGCUUGGACAUUUCGGUGCUGUUACGCCACCACGAACGACCUUGCAAGGCUGGGGACAACCUUUGUCCAUGCAUGCACCCAGCCCUGCCUAGAAGCUCUCACUGCAAUGCAGACUGGCCCAGAUAAAACUUUGUCCUUUGGCCUGACGUGUUCAGAUUUCAUGUUCCUGAGUCCUCCCUUUCAAGGAAGAUGGCGCGUCUCCCUCGCCUCCCCUGUGCUGGGCUGUGUCAGAACAGGUGCUCUGAAAUCCCUUGGUUUUUCCUGAUAAUUACUCUUUUGUCUGGAAAUGACUCUGUCCUCGUAUGUUCUUUCCAGGAAAACGGCCCUCUUCCUUUUCAGCAAACUGGAAAUAAUGCUAGAAACUGAAAGCAGUUGAUUUCUUGCUCCUGAAAGCGUGAGUGUGCAGAGAGGGGAUUUGAAAGUAACCAAGGGUGCUGGUUUCAUCAGCUGCCUGAGUUUCCCAGGAUGGCUGUUACCUCAGCACUGGUGCUCUCCCAAGAAAAGGCCUCAGUGUGCAGGAAGGUGGGCUGAGCACUCGGCGCAGGGCUGCUGUGCUCUGGGGCAGAAAAGAUGUGUUUGAGCUGCCUCUGCCUCUCAGCGAUGUAAAGAAACUGACUGGAAGCAGCUUUUAUCUUGGCUUCUUGAGAGAACCAGAGCCACAGUCCCCUAAUGCUGUCAUAAUGCAGGGUUCCUGGCCAGCUGGCAUUCCUGAAUCUGGUUGAGGUUUCCACAGCAAGAACAGCGUGCUCUUCCACUCUCCAUUUCUUUUUCUCCCUUGUGUUUGCUUUGCAUCCAGCUCGACAGCCUUUUAUGCCAUAAACCAUUUUGUUUUUUCCCUAAAUGUAUUUUUUUCUUUGUUCCCAUUUGUUCCAGCUGAGUGACUCCGUGAACCAGAUGAGACCUCACCAAACGCUGCACACUGCUACGUCAGCCAUUGCAGCCUUCCCCUGGUGCAGGGGAGGCAGGGAGGGCAGCUGGGAGGGGGGAUGGAUGGGAAGAAAAAAGGAGGUGGUAAACAAGGGGAUUAGGGGUUGGCUUGGUUGUUUUUUGUUUGUAUUUCUUAUUCAGCGGAAUCAUUCUGAAGAGGAGGUGGCCUUCUGCUUAGAAACCAGUGUUUAGGAAGGCAGAACUAUUCGAAGCAGCAUCUGUAGCAGUGACCAGAGCCCGGUCACUGAUGCUGGCAGGCAGCGCUAGGUACCAUUCCAGGCUUCUCCAGGGCUUUCAGGACUCAUCUCACUGGUUCUUAGAAGCUGGGGGCUAUUGAAGGUUUGCUGUGAUUUCUAAAGCUGCUUCCUGUCAGCAAGGACCAAAAUGAACAAAAGACUUUUCUGAAGUAGAAAAGGAGGGAAAAAAAAGAAAAAAAAACCAAAAAAGGCUGCUGUGGUGUUUUCCUGAAAGUUUUGAUGUUCUUGUUCUGCUGCAUUCCUCCACCCCAGCACAGACUUCCCCAGGUUCUGCUGCUGAGCUGAGGGGCUGUGGUGCUAUGCGAGCAAUCAGGUGGCUUUUCUGUGAUCUCGACCAAGCUGGAAUUACAAAAUGCUGAAGAAAUGCAAAAGAACCUUUCUUAAUCGACUGCACAAAUAACAUUUAAUUGGGUUCUUUGCAUUUCUUUUAGAUCAAAUGGUGCCUUGUCUAACCUCUGAAUCAACAAUAAAAUAACCCCUUUGCA